CGGCCUCGCUCCGGCCCCUUCUCUCUGCCCUGCCACGUACGGGCGGCGGCGGCCGUGCCCGGGGCUGGACGGGGGGGCUGCACCGGCGGGACGGCGGAGAAGCCAGACUUCCUGUUCCCUGCAUUGACAGCGCAUGGCGGCUUAUCCUAACUCUGCCCUGCAGUGAGGUGGGAAAACUCUCCCAUAAUCCAGCAGCACUAAACAGACAAGGUCUGAGGUGAUAAGGAAGCCACCAUGAAUGGGCAGCUGGACCUAAGUGGGAAGCUGAUCAUCAAAGCUCAGCUUGGGGAGGAUAUUAGGAGAAUCCCUAUUCAUAAUGAAGAUAUCACCUAUGAUGAAUUGGUGCUAAUGAUGCAAAGAGUUUUUAGAGGAAAACUUCUGAGCAAUGAUGAAGUCACAAUAAAAUAUAAAGAUGAAGAUGGAGAUCUUAUAACAAUUUUUGAUAGCUCAGAUCUCUCCUUUGCAAUUCAAUGCAGUAGGAUACUUAAGCUGACAUUGUUUGUGAAUGGCCAACCAAGACCCCUAGAAUCCAACCAGGUGAAGUACCUGCGCCGGGAGCUGAUAGAACUUCGCAAUAAAGUCAAUCGUUUGCUGGACUGUUUAGAGCCGCCAGCGGAACCAGGGCUCUCCACUAACCUGCCUGAGAGUGAUGCUGUAGAUGGUAGGGACGAAAAGCCUGCUGCUGCUGACGCUAAUGUUAAGCCAUCCACUCAAGUUAUAGCAGCGAGCAUGUCUGCAUUCGAUCCGCUAAAGAACCAGGAUGAAAUCAGCAAGAAUGUCAUGUCAGCCUUUGGCUUGACAGAUGAUCAGGUGUCAGGACCGCCCAGUGCCCCUGCAGAGGAGCGAUCAGGAACGCCGGACAGCAUCGCUUCCUCCUCUUCUGCAGCCCAUCCCCCUGGGGUCCAGGCACAGCAGCCCCCCUACCCCAGCCCGCAGCCACAGACAGGGCAGGUGGAAGGUCAGAUGUAUCAGCAGUACCAGCAGCCUGGUUACCCUGCUCAGCAGCCGCAGGCUCAGCCCCAGCAGCAGUACGGCGUGCAGUACCCAGCAGGCUACAGCCAGCAGCAGCCCCCGUCGCAGCAAGCGCAGCAGUUCCCGGCCUACAGCCAGGCGGCCGCCCCGGCCCCGGCCGCCGCCUUCCCGGGCCAGGCGCAGCAGCUGCCGGCGCAGCAGCCGCAGUACGCGACGGGCAGCUUCCCCCCGCAGCCCUACACCACGCAGGCCUCGCAGCCCGCCGCCUACAGCGGCUCCCAGGCGGCCCCGGGCACCUUCCAGCCGCGGCCCGGCUUCACCCCCCCGCCCGGCAGCACCAUGACUCCCCCGCCCAGCGGGCCCAACCCCUACGCCCGCAGCCGUCCCCCGUUCGGGCCGCAGGGCUACACCCAGCCCGGGCCCGGCUACCGCUAAGGAGGUGCCCGAAGACAGCGACUGACGCGUGCGAUUCCAUCCCGACAGACUCCAGAAUUUUUAAUUGAGAUUCCAAAACUGUAAUGAGGCAAAACUAUAGCUGUUAAUUAAAUUCUGCUGGGGGGAGGGAAAUGACCAAAUCUUUCCUGCUUUAAAUUGUAUUCGCUUCCUAGUUUAAUUUGGGGCUGGGUGGUUUUUGGAAAACACUACUUAAAUGUCUGUAAAGUGAUUGACAUUCUAGCUUGCCUUGUCUGAGGGAUAUGAAGAUACUAGUUGGAAGUUUAGCCCACUUAUCAGGCUUGUUCUUACUAAUACCAUGAUGUACUAAAUUAGAUUCAUUCUGGAGGUCAAACUAGAUAUGAUGUAUUAUAAAUUGUAAUGUUCACAUGGAAAAACUAAUAAAAACCCUGAAUCUAUUAAA